AUGGGAUCGCUUGAUCUCUUUGAAGAUGCACAGCCGUUACGCGGCCAUAUCUCGUUAUUAAAGACGGUGCAGGAGACUCGAACGGGAAAGGAUACAGCGGAGGCGUACGUUGCGGAGAUAAACGUCAAGUGUGCGAGCAAAGUGUUAAAGCUGCUGGACUCCAAGUUCCCCAAGGAUCCAUCUUUAAACCUGGCGCAUCUGCGCCGUUUCAUCAAGCCCGAGUUUCUACCGGAUUACCUGAAAAGGGAUGAGUCGCACCCAGCAGCGGAGCCAGGAGUGACGGCUGAAUCCAAAGGCCCGCAAGCCAUUUACAUCCUCAUCCCACCGCCAUUGCCCGAGGUUUCCCUCCUGGAAACGCUCCUGGCCCCAUACGCACCCGUCCCAACUUCCAUAGACUCUUCGACCGCCUCCGACCAAGACGCGGUACCACCAUCAACGCCCACACCAGCGUCCUCCCCGAUCCAAAUCCAAACAACGCACAUCCCUCUCUCCCCACCAACGUCAGAAGAAGAAUCAGCCACAUGGUCCCAAACUCUCUGGCCAACCAUUUUCAACCCCGCAGCUCACUCAAUCACGCACUCGCCGUGCCCAUGUGCUAAUGCGCAGAUCGUGAGCGCAGAGCGCACUCCUGCUCCUGCGAGAUGUUCCCUGAAGCGAGCGACGGUCGUGGCCGGCUAUCGGGCUGUGUGGUUGAUCCGGCGCUGGCGGACGGCAGCCGGAUCACCAUGCGCUGAUGCGCGCGAUAUCGCUGCAACUAUAUCAUCUCCUGCUCCUGCUCCUGCUCCUGCUCCUGCACCACCCGCUGAACCCUCCUCAAUCUCCGAACCGCCGCCCAAAAAGCCCAAAACAUCACCACCCCCCGACUCCCAAUCCAUCAAAUCUACACAGCAACCGCUUCCACCACCCUCCCCCUUAGAAUCCCACUUCCUCUCCCUCCCCAACAUCCAAACUCCCCUGCGUGUGCUGCGCGAUGGGCAUGCUGCUCUCGCGGUUCAGGGCUGUGGUGUAUUUGCAGCCGGCGGGGGAAGGGAGGGUGGAUGCGGCGCUGGAUCCAUAUACGGGAUAUGGGUUGCAUUGGAGGCAGGAGUUGAGGAUGUGCCCAACCCUCAUGUCAUGGCCCCUUCCAAACAAUAUGUAUGUUCCCCUGCCCAAUCCCCGGCGAAGGACGUGGCUGAAUAUGCGCCGGCGGGGAUAGCCGUAUUGUCCAGCGCUCUCCUUUCUUCCCCACCAGCAAUGACGGGUACGAAGGACGUCGAAAUAACAACCAUUCUUUGCCACAAGUGUGUAGCGGAGUUCGACGUUUGCAAUCUCGAGCAUUGGGAUCACCCAUGGGUUGCUGGCGCCCAGAUGGGAUGGAAUGCGAUGAAGCCUUUAUUGUUGCCUGCGUCUAGGAGAUCUAGGUUUUGGUUUGAAGCAGGAAAAGUCACUAUAUUUAUCAUUUUUCGCGAUAAUAUCAAGUUGUAA